CUCCCAGUGGGACUUCUGGUAGUUGGUGGGGUUGGGGAUGUGGUGGCAGUGGGUUGGCUCCCAGUGGGACUUCUGGUGGUUCGCUGGGUAGGGGAUGGGGAGGCAACGGGUUGGCUCCCAGUGGGACUUCUGGUGGUGGGUUGGGUAGGGGUUGGAGUGGCAGUGGUUUGGUUCUGAGUGGGAGUUGUGGUGGUUGUCCGUGUAGGGGUUCGGGAGACAGUGGGUUUGGAAGGGCUUUGGGAUGGGCCGGGAGCUUGUGGUUUUGACCAAGGGAAUCGAAAGCGUGACGACCUUCUUUGCAUGGCUAAUUAAGAACAACAAUUCGAUUAUACAAAUGAGCAAUGGUUUGUAAUGUUCCGAGUUUGAUGGAUUUUAAACAUGACCAGGGGUGUUAUAAAUAGGUUCAUUUUCGAUACCUUAGAAACUUUUUGAAAGUGACUUGCGACUUUUGUAUUGCUUCAAUGUUGGAACUUUCACAGCCUGCUUCUUUGCCUCUUUCCGGGGAAUACUUCUGCUUUGAGGUGAAAAAUGCAAGGCCUUACCCGAGCAGUUAGAACUUGCCAGGGAACACUGAAGCUUGCAAAUCUACAACACUUGGUUUUGAGAGAUACAGCUGAGAUGAAAAAAGUAUUCUCACGUUAUGGAUUUGCCACCUCCUCUCCUCCAACGCAGCAUAAGGGAUUGGAAAACACGACGGUGGCAGAAGUACUAAUGACAAAGGGAGAAGAACAAGUCGGGUCUUGGCUCUGGUGCCGCACCACCGACACAGUGUAUGAUGCUGUGAAGCAAAUGGCACAAAACAAUAUAGGGUCUCUAGUGGUUGUAAGACCAGGAGAGCAAGAACUGAUAGCAGGAAUAAUCACAGAAAGAGAUUAUCUGCGAAAGGUAAUCGUGCAGGACAGAGCAUCAAAAUACACGCGGGUUGGGGAAAUCAUGACGACUCAGAGCAAGUUGAUAACAGUGACAUCCGACACAAACAUUUUUCAUGCAAUGCAACUGAUGACAGAGAAUCAUAUAAGGCAUGUUCCAGUGAUAGAUCGAAAGAUAGUAGGCAUGAUCUCCAUUGUAGACGUUGUUCGUGCAGUGGUGGAGCAGCAAAGUGGGGAUGUGAAGCGACUGAAUGAGUUCAUUAAGGGCGAAUACUAUUAGAAUACUCAAAGCAUUUGUAAGUUGUAACACCUUUGAAAUGCUUCCACAACUUCCUUCCACCAAACAUUUAUACUCAAAUUAUAGAGAAAAUAUUGUAACACAUGAAGAAAACAAGGAU